UUAAUCAUGAAGCAGACAAAAGACGUCAUUAAAAAAAUUAAACAAAAUAUUGCAGACCAAGACUCAACUGACUUAAGAACCUAUAUUAUAGACCAGAUUUCAAAUAUGGAUAAGAUGAACAAAUCCAAUAAAAACAGGAAGAAGGUAACCAUAGGGAUUUUUGGAAGAUCUGGAGAAGGCAAGAGCUCCCUUCUAAACGCAGUCCUUGGAGAAAGAUAUCUACUUCCAUCUGGUUCUUCUGGUGCAUGUACAGCCAUUACUACACAAGUGGAAGGAAAUCUGAGUGACUCCAACUACACAGCAGAGAUUGAAUUCAUUUCUAAAGAGGAGUGGGACAGUCAACUCAAAGGUCUUUUACUAGAUUUGUCUGAUAAAACUGAGGACAGGAAUGAUGACAUGACGAAAAUUGCAAUAGAAAAGAUUACUGCACUGUAUGGUGCUAAUGCAUUUAAGAAAACACUGGAGGAGCUCAAAAAAGAUGCCAAAUCUGCUAAAAUCGACGAACUUUUGCUUAUGAAAAAGAAAGCAAUUUCAAAUGCUAAUAGCUCCAGCUUCACCGAGGAGAUUUCACAUUUCAUACAGCAUAGUCGAUCAAAUCCUGGUAACUGGUACUGGCCCAUUGUGAAGAGUGUAGCAAUCAAGAUUCCAAACCCUCUCCUAGAGCACAUUGUGAUUGUUGAUAUUCCUGGGACUGGAGACUGCAACAAGACUAGAGACAGCCUAUGGAAAUCUAAACUAGGAGAGUGCUCUGUAGUGUGGAUCGUGAGUGCCAUCAACCGAGGCACUACUGAUGAAGACCCCUGGGAAAUAUUAAAACACUGCGUUUACUACAUGACGCAAGCAGGAGAGUGCAAAAGCAUCAACUUCAUCUUUACCAAGACUGACGAUAUAGAUCCAGAAGAAUACAUUAGAAAUGAAUGGCCCAGUGAAGAGGAAAAGCCAUACAAGGAUCUGAAAACAGCAUGCAUACGCAAAAGGAACAUCUGUUCCAAAGAGACAGUGAAAGAAAGCUUUGAAAAUUCUAAAUUAAAGAAGAAAAUGACUCUAAACAUUUUUACUGUAAGCACAAGGGCAUUUUUUGACAAAACAUUACACAUGGAACUCAUUGACACAGAAAUCCCAAAGUUGCAGGAUGUCUUGAAGAGUCUUAACAACAGCAUCAACAAAGACCUGGCCAGAGAUUAUGUCAAUGAAGCAAAGGGAAUUUUGUCCUUGAUCAAAAGUGUGCAGUCGGAGACAAACAAUGUGGUUCAGACAGAGGUUCACAAUAAAUUUGAGCAGAACCUCUGUAAGGCACUGGAGAAGUUAGGUUGGCAGUUUGACAUGCUUCGUUGUGUUCUGGAGAAGUGUCUCUCAGAUGGAGUGGAAGAGUCAGAGAGAUUAUGUCUUACCAGUGCAAGUUCCGUUAUAUCACCUAAUUUACCUCAUGGCAAAGGAGGAUUCCAUAAAAUCCUCAAGGCUUUGUGUACAAAUAAUGGCUACCAUUGGUCAAAAGCAUGGAGUACAGACAUAGAUCUAAACAUGGAAUUGGCCCAACACAUGCACACAAACAUUGAGGAGGAGUUUGAUUCAAUUUUUCCAGUCUAUUAUAAAACAGGGAAAUCAGUGCAAGAACAGAUUGAAAAAUUCAGUAUCAUCCAAAGUGACUCCGAGCACCCCAGAGCUUCAAUGUUUUAUCACAUUGACAACUUCAUCAAAAGAGAGGACAUCAAACUCAAGAUGGAGCUCAAAAGAGAAGUUAUUGAAAGAAAGAAGGAAAUCUACUUGUCUAUCAAAACAACGAUUAAGGAAGCAAUGGUUCCCUAUUAUGAAAAAGCUGCGAAGUUGCAUGGAACCGGAUCCAUGAAGAAAAUGCAGAACACUCUAACAGAAGCAGUUGAGAAUUUAAAACAUGACAUGUUCGAACAAGCAAAAGAAGAAGUGCUUAAGAAGUUCAGAGAUUUGGAGCAACAUAUAAAAGAUACUCUGGAGUCUGGACUACAGAGGUCAAUACUCUUGCUGCCAGAAACUGGCAAAAUCAAACUGGAUGUUCUUGAAGACAUUAAAGAGCUUGAUAACCUGUUACAACAACUGUGUGACUGAGCAAACAGCAUGCAGUACAAUUCACAUGGAACAAGGGACGUUGCAUUCUUCACUUCAUGUUUUUACCGCUUUAAAUAUUUUUUUAAAUUUUGCAAAAUAUGUUAAAGUUUUUCACAAACAAUGGCAGAACUGCUGUAUCAAUUGCUUAAUGUUAGGACUAUCUGUAUUAUUAGAGUGUUUACAGACACUGUUGCUUGCAAUCAAUGGAAACUAUAUUGAAUGGGUUAGUGAGUAGCUUCAGAGGAACUAUUAAGUAUACAUAGUUUAGGACUUUUGGGAAUGUUUUUUUUUUUUUUCAGAGCAGAUAAUCCAACAAUCUAAAACCCUUUCUUAAAAGGGCUAGGCUUGUGAGCAUUCCCCUAAAUAUAUUUCCUCUUUUUGGGAUUACGUGAUUUUAUACAUUGUUUAGGAAUGGAGAUUAAAUGUAUAUAAUAGUUCUGGAGUUUUAUAUGGUACCAAGAUCCACUUAUACUGUAAUGAUUUAAACACUGUAUUAAUUGUCUAGGUCUGGGGAUUUAAACAACUAUCUGCCAUUAACCUCCUGUUUUAUCCUCCACACGUAACAUGAUG